AGCCACAAGUGGGCCCGGUGGAGGAGGCCGGCACCGGCAGGCCAGCCCCCUGGUGCACCGGCGGGACAGCAACCCCUUCACGGAGAUCGCCAUGAGCUCCUGCAAGUACAGCGGUGGGGUCAUGAAGCCCCUCAGCCGCCUCAGCGCCUCCCGGAGGAACCUCAUUGAGGCUGAACCCGAGGGCCAGCCCCUCCAGCUCUUCAGCCCCAGCAAUCCCCCCGAGAUCAUAAUUUCCUCCCGGGAGGACAACCAUGCCCACCAGACCCUGCUCCAUCACCCCAAUGCUACCCACAACCACCAGCACGCCGGCACCACCGCCAGCAGCACCACCUUCCCCAAAGCCAACAAGCGGAAAAACCAAAACAUUGGCUAUAAGCUGGGACACAGGAGGGCCCUGUUUGAAAAGAGAAAGCGACUGAGUGACUAUGCUCUGAUUUUUGGGAUGUUUGGAAUUGUUGUUAUGGUGAUAGAGACCGAGCUCUCUUGGGGUUUGUACUCAAAGGAUUCCAUGUUCUCGUUGGCCCUGAAAUGCCUUAUCAGUCUGUCCACCAUCAUCCUUUUGGGUUUGAUCAUCGCCUAUCACACACGUGAAGUCCAGCUCUUCGUGAUUGACAAUGGUGCGGACGACUGGCGGAUAGCCAUGACCUACGAACGCAUCCUCUACAUCAGCCUGGAGAUGCUGGUGUGCGCCAUCCACCCCAUCCCCGGCGAAUACAAGUUCUUCUGGACGGCGCGCCUGGCCUUUUCCUACACGCCCUCGCGGGCGGAGGCUGACGUGGACAUCAUCUUGUCCAUCCCCAUGUUCUUGCGCCUGUACCUGAUCGCCCGCGUCAUGCUGCUUCACAGCAAGCUCUUCACCGAUGCCUCGUCCCGCAGCAUUGGGGCCCUCAACAAGAUCAACUUCAAUACCCGCUUCGUCAUGAAGACCCUCAUGACCAUCUGCCCGGGCACCGUGCUGCUGGUGUUCAGCAUCUCGCUCUGGAUCAUCGCUGCCUGGACGGUCCGCGUUUGUGAAAGGUAUUCCUGCGCUGGGGGUGGGGGUGGGGAGUGA